UGGAACCACACAGCAAAUAUAAACACUGCACGUACAUCUGCUAACACUUCAACCAUAACAACACGAAUGGUACAUCUAAAUUCUCAGUAAGGUCGUUCAGUACUCAGAAAACAGCUUACUUUAAGCUGUUAUUACUUUAACAUACAUGUUAUUUGUAGACUUUAUUCUGAAACCAUGUUGGCAAGAUUUCGUCAAGCCGUGAACACGGUUUUAGGGAACAUGCAAAAUUUACCACAGCAGUUGCAGAAUCGGCUAGGUGGAAAUUCCACAGCUAAACAACAGCAAACGGCUGCAGCUACAGAUGAUGCCUCUUUGGCUAAGAAGACAGAAAAGGAGAAGGUAGAUAAGUUUGAUUACACAAGACCAGAGUUUCUCCAGCUUAGUUUUGACGAGGUGGAAGUUACCGCUGAUCAUCAUGUUAGGCCAAUUUUAGUGCCCCGAGAUGUGUCAAAAUUGCCUUGGAACACAGGUUAUGCUGAAGUAAUAAACGGCGGUAAAACAAGGUGCAAUGAAGAUCAAGCUAUAGCUUGCCAUUUUAAAUUGAAAGCAAAAUUAAUGGAGCACAUUAAUCCAACAACUCCAGAAGGCAUUGAUGUCAGCUCCAGUGAAAUUGAGCCAAUUGAUAUUUCUUGUUCCUAUUUUGGUGUCUUUGAUGGUCAUGCUGGUUCCGGGGCAGCUCUCAUGGCACGUCACCUGCUUCAUUUGCAUAUUCAACAACAUCUCUGGGAGAUCCAGGAACUCUUACAACCACAGAUUCAAGAAGAUCUGAACUACUUAAGUCGAAGUGAUUCAAAAAAGAGACAGAAGUGGCCUGUUAGCGAAAGAGACGUACCGAUUGAUAGCCUCAUUAUCGGCGCCCUUGAGAGUUCCUUUUACGAAAUGGAUGAGCAGAUAGCAACAGAGAAGUGUACAUAUCAUAUAUCAGGUGGCUGCACAGCAUUGGUGGCGCUCUUUGUCCUCGGAAAGUUAUACGUAGCAAAUGCUGGAGAUUCCAGAGCAGUAAUAUGCAGAGGAAAAGAAGUUAUACCGAUGUCUUCAGAUCACACUCCCUUGUCAGAACGGCAGCGCCUACAAACCAUUGCCAAGCUUCAUCCAAAUCUCCUUGGGGAUGAAUUCGCCCGGUUGGAAUACCAAAAGAGGGUUGGACGGAAGGAUAUAGGAAAGAAAAGACUGUAUCGAGAUGCCCAUAUGACAGGAUGGGCCUACAAAACAAUUGAAGAGGAUGAUCUUAAAUUUCCCUUAGUAUAUGGAGACGGGAAGAAGGCGCGUGUGCUAGCCACGAUUGGGGUAUCCCGCGGGCUCGGUGAUCACGAUCUGAAAGUACACGGUACAGAUAUUAUGGUCAAGCCAUUUCUAUCUUCAAUGCCUCAGGUCAAUAUUUAUGAUCUUGGAGAACAUGACCACACAGAGAACGAUGUACUUAUCUUAGCAUCUGAUGGAUUGUGGGAUGUAUUAACCAUAGAGGAUGCUGGGAGAAUAGUUUCAAAAUCUUUGGAAUCAUUUUCAAGGAAUGACCAUAACAGGUACACGUCUGCAGCCCAGGACCUAGUCAUGGCUUCAAGAGGUAUUCUGCGAGAAAACGGGUGGCGGACCAAGUCCAACGCCCUGGCCUCGGGAGAUGACAUCACAGCGAUGGUUAUACCACUGUACAGACACAGUGUGUUAUCACCGCAGAACAGUCUCACUGAAUCACACGAUGCGGUCAACAUUUAAGUGGUUAUCUUAUCUGGAGUUUUUUGUUUGAUCAAUUUUUUGUUUUUGUUUAACUAAUAGGGUCCAACAAAAAGUUUAAGAGAGUAGCUGAAACCAUGGAAAAGAAAGUCAUUUAAUGAUUGUUUGGCAUGGUUUGGUCCAUACUGUCUUAAACUGUGUUCACAUGGCAUUAACUUUGACCAAGAUCAAGGGUAAACCUAGUUUGACCAAAUUGUAUUGCUGUUCACACUUGCAUAUGCAAUAUGCAGUGUAGGUUUUAAGGUAGAUUUUGCCCAUGCGUGGCCAGUCUAAUCGUGGAUAUAUUUUAUGAAAAGUUGUGACCAGCAUUAGCAUGCACUUGCAAAGAUUUGUUCGCAAUAGGCUUUCGUGCUCCUGAAAACAGCCUAGUUAUUCUUCCUGGGGCAACAAUCGCUCUGUAAACCACUAUAGCAACUCCCUGGUUAAACUCACUUACAUCUUAGGUAGUUAGACUGAGGAGAAUACUGGAUAUUGUUAAAAAAUAAAAAAAGAAUAUGCUUUUAGUUAGAGGAGUAAAGUUGUUUUGAUUGUACAAGUUUUAAUGUGUCACAGGGCCCCCCGGAUGAGCAGUGGUAUUACUGAAAGGGCUACCCUACUGAAAGAAAAUGAAAUAAAUAAAUAAAUAUAUAAAUAAAUAUCUUUUGUCAAACUGAACAGGUACGUGCUUGGUUUGACCCUAUAAUUUCAGUAUGAACAGGACUUAUGCUGGUUCUGGUACUGGUAUGGGCAUUUAUAAUGCGCCUCUUCCUUGCGGUUGUAAAGUGCAGUUCUUUUCCCUGGUCAUUGAGUCCACAUGCUAAGUGUUGAUGCUGGUAAUCAGCGCAGGAGCAGGCAACCCCACCAG